AUGAAGUUUUCUACCAUUCUGCCCCUUGCGGCACUGAGCACGGCUUUCGUGCUCCCGGAUGAGCAAGUUCUCCGCGAGUUGAAGAUUGAGGAUCACCACCACCAGGAAAAGGCCUCGAAAUGGUUCGACGAGGUCGUUGCCACCAAGGACGAUGUCAUCAGCGAGGUUGAAUCUGCCAUCGAGAACCUCGUCGAUGAGGUCGAGGCCAGCAAGAUCGAGGUCGCCGAGAAGUUCGAGUCUACUAAGGAUGAUGUCCUAAGUGGCGUUGAGUCCACCAAGGACGAUCUGCUCAGCAGCUUCGAGCAGUACUUCCAGCGUGCCAAGGACACCACUGAGGAUGUCUGGUCCGAUGUCAGCAAGAGCACGAAGAAUCUCAAGGACAACGCCCAGGAUAUUUGGGUUGAUGUGACUAAGAGCUCAAAGGAUCUCAUGGACGAGGCGUUCAGUCGUGCAGAGUCCGGUCUCAACAAGGCAGACUCCGCGGUCCGCGAGACAGCAAAUGAUAUGCAGUCUUGGUUCCAUGAAAACGUCGUCGACACUCUCGAUGAUCACCACCACCACGAGCCCAACCAGACCGUCUACCAGCUUAUUGCUACCAGCAACUACACCAGGACUCUGGCUAAGCUCGUCUCUGACUACCCURACCUUGUCGAAGCCUUGAACAGCACCACGGCCAACUACACCAUCUUCGCUCCAAUCGACAGUGCUUUCGAGAAGAUCCCCAAGCACCACCCCAAGCCAAGCAAGGAGCAGCUUCACGCUAUCCUGUCCUACCAUGUCCUGCCAGACGUCUACACCGCCAAGGACGUUCUCUACACCCACACAGCCCCCACCCUGCUCAAGGGCAAGCAUCUCUCCUCCAAGCCAGAGCCUCAGCGUGUAGCAUUCAAGUUCACCCUCCGUGGCCUGACCGUAAACUUCUACUCCCGCAUCAUCGCGGUAAACAUCAUGGGAACGAAUGGUGUCAUUCAUGGAGUCGACAGCAUCAUCAUCCCACCACCAAAGGUUCUCACUCUUAUCGAUCUGUUCCCUUCCGAGUUCUCCACUCUUGAGCUUGGACUUGGCAAGACUGGUCUCUUGGAGAAGCUCAACACGACUCACCACAACGGAGGCACAUUCUUCGCUCCAUCCAACUUUGCCUUCCAGAAGCUGGGGGCUCGCGCCAAUGCUUUCUUGUUCUCUAAGUACGGAGAGAAAUACUUGAAGGCUCUCCUUGAGUACCACGUCGUGCCAGACAACACGCUAUACUCAGACGCUUACUACAAGGCCGACUCUGGCAAGAAGGAUGAUGUGUCUGAGACUGCUGGAGGCUACUUCCACGUCGACCUUCCUACCCUCCUUGAAGACAGGAACUUGUCAGUGGAUAUCGCCCGUUAUGGAGGAUUCAUUUCUAUCAAGAUUAACGGUUUCUCGAGYGUCAGCGUCCAGGAUGGCGUUGCUCAGGACGGUGUGCUGCAUGUUGUCAGCAGCGUGCUKAUUCCACCUAAGCAGGUUGGCGGCGGCAAGGAGGACAUGUUCUCUGGAGGGGAGAUUGAUGUUGAGGAGUUGAAGGUUAGAUUGCAGCCUUUUGUCCCUAAGAGUGAUCUUUGA